CCGCCGAAGAAAAACAAAGCACAGGGGAAAAAACAAAUCUCACAUUUAAAAUCGAAUUCUAUUCAUAACCAUUUCUCAUUUAGAGAAAUAUUUCCGCCGAUGUAAUCUGUUUUAUUUUCCUCCUCUCGGUAAUAUCAAUUUGACGGUGUUGUUUAUCUAUAGUAAGGGGAACUUGAAACCGCCCCCUUGCCCCAUUUCCUCUUGCCCCAUUUCCUCGGUUGUUUUUCUUCUUUCGCCUGUAUUCUCCAUGUUGUUGGAACGAAAAGUGAGGUCUUCGCAGACACAGGAAGGGGCCGUUCGGGAAAUAUACUAGUGAUAAAGUAAACCGAGAGGCGCAGCAGAGGGAAUCGCAAAGACGAAAACAUAUCCAAGCGCCCUGCCCCUCCCAUGUGUGGACAACAGAAGAAGCGAGGAAUAAAGAAACAUUGUUGCUGAUGAAAUGUAGACUCUUACAAAUCCAACACAGCCACGGAUGACAGUUAUCAAGGCAAUCCUUUAGUAACUUGUCAAUAUAACCUAAUGAAGGCUGCUUAUCUCUGUUUCGGGAACGGAUUGGAUUUUGAGGGCUCUGUGCUUGUCAGAUGGAAAGUUCUAUCAUCACUCAAGUACAGAAAGAAGACAUUCAAUUGUCACCGAAAACAGGCCAGGUGAGCAGGUCUUCUCUGAAGAAGCCUAGGAGCUGUAACCUCUUCAAAGCACUUUUCUGUUGCCUCAGAGGAGCACAGGCUGCCCCCAAACCACUGCCACCUUCCCAGGAUGCCUUGCUGGAGCCACAGGACAAUGGGGACGUUGUCAAGCUCUCAUCUGGGCCCAGCCUGCUGCCAGAGAUGAUACCUCAGGACCAGGGGAAGAUAUGUUUGGUCAUAGACCUGGAUGAAACACUGGUGCAUAGCUCAUUCAAGCCUAUUAGUAAUGCAGAUUUCAUAGUGCCUGUGGAGAUUGAGGGGACCACACACCAGGUAUACGUGCUGAAGAGGCCGUAUGUGGAUGAGUUCCUACAGCGAAUGGGAGAGCUGUUUGAGUGUGUUCUGUUUACGGCCAGUCUUGCCAAGUAUGCAGACCCAGUGACUGACCUGUUGGAUCAGUGUGGGGUGUUCCGGGCGCGGCUCUUCCGGGAGUCCUGUGUGUUCCACCAGGGUUUCUAUGUCAAAGACCUCAGCCUACUGGGCAGAGAGCUCCAUAAGACCCUCAUCCUGGACAACUCUCCUGCCUCCUACAUCUUCCACCCUGAGAAUGCUGUUCCUGUGGUGUCCUGGUUUGAUGAUGUGGAGGAUGCUGAGCUGCUCCACCUGCUGCCAGUGUUUGAGGACCUGAGUCAGGCUGAAGACGUCUACAUCAAACUGGGGGAGCUAAGAGUGCCAUGAUGGAGGCGGGAGGACCCUGCUCUCACUGCCAGACUAGCCAGCACCUGGCCAGGAACAUGCGCACCACCAUAGAAAUAGAAUAAUAACAUUCUAUUCAUAUAACAUUGUAUUUGUAUGCUCACCACCCAGAGACACAUGCAUUGUAUUUGGUUCAGACGAGCACUUCAUGACUUUCUAAGGCCUUUUCUCUGAGACUCUGAGCUUCUGUCUGUCUGUCAACCACUGUCUGAUAACUCUGAACCAAAAUACCGUAGAGAACUGCAAUCACUCCAAAUGAAUAUGAAUAAAGUGGUUCAUUUUUGCCAAACCAGAAGCCUGCAUGGCCUGAUCUGACUCAGGACACUUGUAUCAUUGUGCCUUUUUUCUAAACAAACACAAAAACCAAGCAGCUCAAACUGUUUUUUGUUUUGUUUUUUUUCUUCCAAUCUCACUAUGCAAUCCUCUUCUGUAAUCAUGAUGGACUACAGUGCUACUUGUUAUACGGGUGGGUCACAAUCAUAUCCAGAAUGCCAACGGAAUGUAUCUUUACAUUUUCCUGGAUAUAUGACCAGUCAGCAUAUGCUCAUGUACUAUACGUUUAACUGACGUUUAAGUAUGUAAAUAUUUGUAUUAUUUACUGUAAAAUGGCCAACAAUGCAAAAUGCCUCUCCAAUAAGUACUGAAUACAUUAUAAGUAUAUAUAAUUUUGAAGAGCUUAAAAUAUUAGCAACAUUAUAUAAAUUUUUUCUGAAUAGCAUACAGUGAUGUUAUAAAGUUUUAUAAAGCUCUUUACGUUUAUAAUUUGGGACCAACUUCUUCAAUCUGGUCACUUGAAUGUCGACACACUGGAUCCCAUGGUUGUAGGCCCAUGGUUGUAGGCUGCUCAGCAGAAGUACAGUAUAGUGUUGCUCUUAAUAUAUUUGGUCCAGUCUACACAUUUAUUUUUCAGUUUUUCUUGGAAUACUAAAUGACAGAAGUUGCACUAUUUGUUUUUAUAAGUAAGACUGCUAAAAGUGACAACUGUGCAUUUCCAAUUCAGUCAGAUAUAUGCAGAUAAUGCACACGUAUGCCAUGCUGAAUGUGGUCAAACGCUGUAUUAUCAAGCAUUAGGAGUUGUGGAAUAUUUUCAUUUUUUUUAUUUUUACAAUUUGUGUUAAUUUGUGUAUUAUUUGCCCACUGCAAAUCAGGUUAUCAAAACAACAAUAUUCAAAACCUCUGCCAAAUUAUAUUUUGUGGCUAGUGUUUUUGGAUUGUGUAAAGUUCAUCAAACGCCACUGAUUCUUUUCCUCCAAAGUGUGCCUUUCAAACAUUACUCUAACCUUCGAAUGACUCCUCCAAUCAUCAUA